CUUUCAUAGUUUGGACGCCGCGACGUGAUUUUAGUCUUGGCAAAAGUUGUUAAUUAUUGCCGUUAGGAUCGCUGUAUACGGAUUGUGUGUAGCGUCGGUGCGCCGUAAACCACGACGAAUUGACCUUGGCGAUGUCUGCGAUCACGUCACAGGCGCGCUCUAACGCUUCGGGGUAGAAGAGGCAUCGUCGAAAAGGUAGCCCGCCGCGUUCUCUCUCUGUCGUAUGUCUCGGUUAGUCGACCAUUGUGUUAUCCUUGUCGGGCCUUCGUUCUGUAAUGGCUACCGUAGUCGAGUUUGUUGACGCCGCGCGGUGGAAACUUUUGCCCCGUUGAGUACGAGUAACGGGCUACGCCGCCGCCCACAUCAGACUUUUUUUUUCAUUCAUUUAUAUUUGCCAACGAAUUGGAUUAUCGCGAUAGAAUUCGGCAAAGUGAAGUGUGUGAGAGUCGAAGAAGAAAAUAAAAGGAGAGCGACCGAGCGAGUGAGGAAGAGUGCUAGGGAAAAAGACAGAGAGAGAAAGAAAAAGAGAAAAACGGGAAACAAGUGAGACCGCGGCGCGCGUGAAUAUCGAGACGCGCUUGAUCGCCGGUUUAUAUGCCAGCGAGACGCCGUUGUGAGGAACCCGAGGGGCCGCUUGGGCGAAAUGACCCUCGCGGGCCAACGCUCUUUGACAACCGUUUUAUACUGACGUGAUCAUUGCCGCUCUCGGAUUUCCCCCCUCAAGUGUAGUGGAAAACAACGUGCUCGUGGCCGAUUUUUUUUCUUUCCUUUUCUUUUUUUCUUUCCUUUGCUCGGUUUUAGUACUGGUGUUGAAAACGCAAGAGCGUGCGCGCCCGCGCGCGAUCGAACGGGAACGCAUACACAUUUUAAGGAGGGUAGAAGAGGUGGGGGGCGGAGGAGAAGGAGGAGGCGGCGGCGGCGGUGUUACAAUAUAACGAAAGCCUGUCUCUAUCGCGAGUACCGUUUAUCGUCGAUUUUCGAAUCUAAUAGCUUUUUCUUUUUAUUUGUUGCCUCUUUGGUAUAUUUAUUUCCUUGUCCAUUCGAUCCUCCCUACCCGAGAAGACGAGAUUAUACACGGAUGCUGUUUGGUUACUCGCGCAAGGAACGAGGACGACCACCGAGAAACGGAGAGGGGAAAAGAGAGAAAGAAACGAAAAAGUGAGACAGAGAGACGCGAGUCGCGCGAAAAUACGCGCGCGCUAAGUUCGAGGACUCGGUUUGUGUGAAUAAAAAAUCGCGUCGCUACCGCCGUGUAUGUAUAUAUAUAUAUAUAUAUAUAUAUAUAACAAUAGGACUAAAAUUAUUGCCUAAGCACGUUUUGCGUUUAUGGUGUAAACCGUAUGAAAAGUACCGCCGUCAUGGCAACUGUGAGAUCCUCGAGGAGUAGCAAGAAGCCGCAUUUUAUCUGUUCGAAAAUGUGAAACAUUUUUUACACAUGGUCAGAGGCGGCUCAUCGAUGGCCCUUGAAUCAAACGGUAACAACGUCGUGUGGUUGAACGCGACCCGUCCUGAUCAAAUACAGCAGCACGUUAAAGACGAGCAACAUCGUCACCUGCAGCAUCAGCAACGCUAUCAGAGAAGCACUCUGAAAAUCCCCAGUCAGAGCCAACAUAUUCAGCAGCCUGUCAAGUGCUCUAUGUUCACACAGACCGAGCCUACUAACAGUUUUGCUCAUAACGAUCAUAGUAAUUCCAGUUAUACAGAGCAACGACAGACACAGCAACAAGCAACGAUGUUCGAUCCUCAGCAAAUACAGCAGCAGCAGCAGCAGCAGCAACAACAAGCUGCGCAGAGUCAGCAGUCGCAGCAACAGCAGUCUCAGAUGUAUGUUACAGCAGACAAGAAAGAGGACAAGUCCCAGCAGCAGACGACGGCGGCUGAGUUCCCAUACUUCUACAAUGUCAACAUGCUGCAGAAAGUUCAAACAAAUGCGGUGAGCACAAUUGGUGCGAUCACUACCGACGACAAGGGUUGCUACCGUUUCGAUGUGCAACCUGUCGGUUAUAACGCAUUACUGAACCAGAUGAGCAUAGCGGCUGCUACAAGCGCGACCUUCAAGUGUGACAUUUGCGGCUUGGUUUUCGGUCAUAUGAGCCUCCUUAAUCAUCAUAAAAGGCUUCACAAUACGACACCCAGCAAUCUGCAACAACCUCAGCAGGUUGUUGCACAAACACCUACCACCGUCACGGUCGCUACCACACCUGAGCGACCUUACACCUGCGACAUAUGCGGCGCGUGCUUUGCUUUACCUGGUGAACUCAAAAGCCACAAAACAAAUAUGCAUCAAAAGCCUAAAGUUCAACUCUGCGAGGAUUGUGGCAGCGAAGAUCCCUGCGAGCAUCAUCCGACCAAAGUUAAAAAGACAAUCAAACCCGGUCAUCAUCCGGUAAAACGGAGGGGAGUUACGAGCGUUACCAAGUGCCACAAAUGUAACGGGACCGGGAUCAUUUUUAUUGGCGGGAAGCAAAAUCAGAACCAGCCGGAGAAGCCGUUUCAUUGUAACGUUUGCGACGGCACUUUUUCACGAUACUCGUCGCUCUGGUCCCACAAGAGACUUCACUCUGGGGAUAAACCAUUCAAGUGCGAAGUCUGUGGUUUGGCCUUUGCGAAGGCGGCCUAUUUGAAAAAUCACGGACGUGUACAUACCGGUGAAAAACCGUUCAAGUGCAGCGUUUGCGGUAUGCAAUUCUCUCAAAGCCCUCAUCUGAAGAAUCAUGAACGAAUUCACUCGGGCGAACGUCCUUAUCAAUGCGAGGUUUGUGAAAAAACAUUUGCGAGACACUCAACCCUAUGGAACCAUCGAAGAAUUCACACCGGCGAAAAACCUUAUCGGUGUAACACGUGCGGCUCCGCAUUCAAUCAAGCGACGCAUUUGAAAAAUCAUGCCAAGGUCCAUACCGGUGAAAAACCCCACAGAUGUGACAUUUGCGAGAUAGGAUUUUCGGAUCGUUUUGCGUUGAAACGUCAUCGAGCCAUACACGAAAAGUACGGACAAACGGCACGAAAUCAGAACGCGAAUAGUGCGUCGAACGCGCAACAGGCGAACACGAGUAAUCAGCAACAGCAACAGCAACAACAACAGCAGCAGCAGCACGAUCAGCAGCAGCAACAGUCUCAACAACCGCAACCGGGACAACAAGUGGUGGUGGUGAAUGCGACGACGCCCGUGACGGUUAGUCAAGGACAAGGGCAGGCAGUGAUGCUCGACGAGGUUUACAAAUGUCAAGUGGCCUUCCCUGAGCCAAAAUGAUUUACUUGAAGCGGAUCUCCUGGCACGAAAAGUCCUGAAGCGAACAAGGUUGUUGCUCCUCUUUAUUUUCAUAACAACUAAGGCAUCGUUGCGAUACGCGAAGGAACAUCAAAAGAGAAUAACAAAAGAAAGCAAAACGGGGGGAAGGAAAGAAGAAAAAUUGAACAAGACACAUGGGGUGAAUCUGUGUGAAUGUGCGUAAACGUUUCGCGAAUGGGGGUGCAUAAUUGGAAGAACGCGGCAAGGGUUCUUGGGGUGGAAGUCUAGGUUGAAUUUGGUUCGAGGAAAAGUUGAGAAAGACAGGAAACGUUACGACGUCAAGAUUGCCUCCGGAGACUUGAGAUGACUUUGAGAAGGGAAUUUUCGAGGGAACAUUUUAAUGAAAGUGAAUUCGUGGCUGAAGUGAAUUUCACAACGGAACAAACGUGGACGAUGCUGAUAUCUCUUUCUGUCUCUUUUUUUCUCUCUUCCGUCCACAAACAUACGUGAGAUCAGUGUCGAGGACAACGAUUAAAAGGGACUAAAAACGAGCUCGAACAUUAUUUCGGGGUAAGGGAGGAAGAAGAAAAAUGAAGGGGGUGAAAAUGAGGAACGCAAAAACCUUUAUUGAAGCUGCAAUAACGAUAGCGAGUAUCGAACGGCAGACUAAUCUGUUUUAUAAUUUUAAGACGGAAUACUAUAUAUUAUGAAUAUCAGUUACUGUAGUUGAUAGUUUGUAAUUAGCCAAAGUAGCUGGCUAGAAUAUCUAUACAUAUAUGUAUCACUUCGAUUUUUAUAUCCUCCCUUGUUAGCAUACGCGAGCGACAAGUCAACUGUCGCUCAAACUCAUCAUCUUUUGUUCCUUUUUUUGUUUCUCUUUCUCUCUACUCCACAUCGAAGAACCGUAUUUUUUGUGGUCUGCACGAAAUCACUUUUCCACACAUCUUUAUCUUGUUUUUUGUUUUUGAAUCCUCAUUUUUUUCGGCGAUCAAUUUUCUUAGAAAAAUUCGUUCGUUACUGGCAUCAAAAACCCGCGAGAUCCUUCAUACUUAUAUUUUUUAACUUGUUUUUUGGGGCCCCGUGUUACUACGUCAUUAGCUUCUACAGGGCCUCUGGUGACUCUGCUUUGACUCGCGAAAAGUCCCGUAGACAAUCAGAAACGCUCGCGAACAGAGCAUCGUUUUGUAGUUUUUUUAACCGAAAAUAAAUAAAUAAAUAAAAAAAAAAAAAAAAAAUACUAAAACUUUUUAUGAAAAUUUUAUUGACUCGUGACUAUACAGGGUUGUCGAUAGCUUCAUUGAGAAAAAGUAAAGUUUUUUUGUAUUCACAUUCUUUGUUCAAUUCCAUCUCAAUUUUCGACAUUGAAACAAAAAAAAACCUGACGAUAUACAUAAUAUUUGAAGAACAAAAAAAUGUUCUAAAAUUCAUCUAACUUAUUUUACUGUCACCACCAUAUAAAUUCGUGGAUCCUUGACGAUCGUUAAUUUCCUUCUUUCAAAUAUUUAUUUACGAAUUUGAAUGGAAGACUAUUUUCAUCAAAUGACCCAUCGUGUCAUUUUUGAUUUGAUUUAAAUCCGUUCAAUAUUCAAAGGAAACCCUAACGAACUCGUGUUGAUUGAACGAUCGAUGAGAAGUAAGUUGUUAUGGGGAAGAGAAGGAAAGAAAAGACGAAGAAAGAUUAAUCCGAGAAUUAGAAAGAAUUUUCUUGUUACCCACAUAAAAAAUAUUAUUUGUAAAAUACGAAAUAUCAACAAUUACUUUAUUAUUAUAUUUACCCAUUAAAUACGGUCAUAAUACCUGCCACAGUAUUUUGGAUUAGAUUAGAUAAGUCUGUCAGUUGUUAAUUGCGAUUAUAGUAAUUGUCCUCUUUUUUUUUUCCGUUCGAGAGUUACUAUUAUUUUAUUUUUCGAAGUCAGACACGAAAAUGAAAAGCAGCAAAACGGAGUUCCAGAGGCUGAGUCGGAUGGGAGGAGAGGGGAAGUAGGGUGAACGGCUAAUCUAGCUUUUUUACAAUGAUUGUAUAUUUUAGGCGAGCUCGGUUCGGCUGAGAAAAAGACGUGCGAAAAGGGAAUAUAGCGAAUUUUGUUCAGUUUACUGAGAGAAAUGUCGUUGUCGAUUAUAUUAUUUAAUGCAUGUCAUUAUUCGUUUCUCUCUCUCUCUCUUCCCGUGUUUUAUUCAGUUCACAGUAAUUUCGGAAAUAUUACGGUGGAGAAGACCGCUCACUUUGAUUCUGAACUUUUCUUCCAUUUUUUCUACGACGAUCCCUAUCGUCGAAAGUAGCGAAACUCUAAAAUUUGACCAAUUAUUAACGCGAGUUCGAGCUUACAACAUUUUUCGAUAGGUCAGUCACGAUAAUUACGUUUGUGUCGUUUUGUACAUACGAAUAACUGAGGAAUCGUUUUUUUUUUCAAUCCUCGUAGUCUUCCUCCCCCAACCCCCGGUAUUUUAACUUUGAAUAAUCAAUGAAGCAACUAGAAAAAAUUCUACUUCUCGUUUACUCUACCAAAUCGCUUUAGAACUUCAAUAUCUUUGAAAAGCAAUCUUGCAUGGCAACUUGAAGACCGCAAGUUCCAAAAAUCUGAUGUCCAUCCUAAAUUAAACGACAACAUUAUUUGACCGAACUUUAUCAGCUGACUGCCUUAGAGCACCCUCCAUUUCAAGUAGAAAUCAAAUUUACCCGUCUAUGUAUGAAUAAGGAAUUACUAAAAAGGGAUAAAUCGUAUGUGAAAAACAAGAGUGGCAAGGGGGGAGGAGAGAAAAGGAGGGAAAUGAAGAUUCGAAUUAUAUAAAUAUCGAUGAGAAAUGCAAAAUAACAUUAAUUAAUUAAAGACGAGGAAUACGAACUACUAGGUGAUUAAAUAAAAUUUAAGAAAAAACUCACUGUCGCAAGAGUUUUAUUGCGGAGGGAAUGAAUGCUCGUGAACAUUGAAAUAAUUUGUGGCAAUUUAUCGUCUCGACGAAUUCAUGUUUGUAAAUUCGAUUCGAGUGAUGAAUGAUCAAGAGGAAGAAAAAAGCGGGCGAGAGAGGGAGAGAGAGAGAGAGAGAGAGAGAGAAACGAUAUUUGUAACGUUUUCAAUGCACGAAUAAAUUUCUCAGACAUACAUCCCCUUGACAAAUUCCAUAACAGUUUUUCUAUCAUUGUACAUAUCAUAAAUUGGCGUAUCGUAAACCGAACCGCACGAAACGCAAAUUAUCGCAAAUACCUCCCGCAUUAAAGUCUUGCGACAUGGGAAUGAAACAAAAGCAUACUGAAAAGGGGAAAAGAAAUAAGAAAAUAAUUGAACGUUAUAAACUCAGAGCUUCCAUUUGAAUCAAAAGGUUUGGAAGCGUCUUCCUAUGCAAUCGCGCGAUAACCUUAACCGACCGAAAUUUCGGGAGGAUGAUAAGCAACUGAAGAUGAAUUUGAAAAAAUCUGCACCUCCACCGUCGACGCAAUUUGCGUGGGGAAUUAACGAAGAGCGUAAAACAUGCGUAGAAUGAAGUAAAUGGGCACUCGAGCAGCAAAACAAAACAGUGCGGCGAGAGGAUACAAAAGCGCAAAGGUUUUAACGACUAUGAGAUGAAAAGUAAAGAUAAAGCACAAUGACGAUAAACAUAUACUCUCCGUUACAAAGAAUCAAAAUAAUCCUUUUAAUUUUCUAUUAAUUCUCCAAAACUUAUUUUAUUCAUUGGACACAUUUCCGUACGAGAGCAAGCUAUAAUGAAAAUAGAAGAGAAAAAUAAUCGGCAUUUUUUCAUUUCUGGCAAUGAAAUCUAUAAAAGACUCUUCGCUUCGGUUAAUAAUAAUAAUUUCGAAGAAAUGAAUGACGAAACGAAAAACAAUAGUCCAUUCGCGUUCGUAAUCCACGUAGAUUACUUGUACAGCGUACAAACGAGAAAAUGUACCUAUAAAAGCAUUAGUCCUAAGUUAGAUUUAUUUGCGGAAAAAAGGAACAACAACAACAACAACAACAACAACAACAACAACAACUGAAAAAUGAUGUUUAAAUAUUUUUAUUGAUAAGAAUAGAGCGUCUACACGAUCAGUGGUUCUUGUGAGAACGGACCUAUUUUUUUCACACUGAAGCUGAAUUUUAUUGAUACAUAGAACUCGGUAGUUUUUCAUAAAAAAAAAAAAUAAAAAAUAAAAAAUAAUAUUAAUAUUGAUAAAAUAAAUGAUAAGACAGGAGAAACGAUCGACGAGAACGAGGAUGAUGUUAGCGGUGAACGAAACCUCGGUAAUUUGUAAAUUUUGUUUAAACGAAGAAGGAGCGUUGGAAGCGCGCGAGCAUUAUAUUUGCGAUGUGGUAUUAAUCGUUCAAGCAAGACAAAAUAAAUGAUAAAUAAAUGAGUAAAUGGAUAAGGUUUUAUCGAAUCCCCUCGCACAGGCAAAUAUACUCCUGUGUGCGUGCGUGUGUGUAAACAUAAUGUCGUAUAGGAAUUUUGUAUGAGAAACGAUAAGGAAAAGAAAAAAAUGCAAAAAAAAAAAUCACAAAAAAUUCAUGAGAAAAAAUAUGUUAUGCUAAGUUUACCUACUGUCAAUAUAUCUAGGAGUAUAAAUCGAAUGUACGUGUAUUAUACUAAUUAUCGCUUAGAUAAGGUACAACAUUGAUUUAAAUCUAACUAGCACACGAUUAUAUAUCAGAAUUUAGGUUAUAAUAAAGGUGUCCACUGGGCAUUUCAUUUUUA